AUGAUGGAUUUAUCUGAGCCUACACCCGAGGAUUGGAGAUACUCCCAGACCCCAGAGUUUGACGUCGGCCCGUUCAUUGGGAGAGACGACGAUCUCAUGGAACUCGAUGCCAUGAUUGAGGCGAGAAAAGCGACCACUGACACGCUCAAGAAUGUCACUGCAGUCAUUGGCACCAGCGGCCAGGGAGGGAAAAUAUCACGCAAUAUUUGGAUUGAUGGUACCGAUCAGAAAUCUGUCUUGGAAAGCCUCGCACAACUUUCAGGCAUGAUCUUCGGUUCCCAAUCUGAUACUGUCUAUACCAUGGCCAACAAGGUCGUCGAGUUUAUUGAGAAUCUGUCGCACCCUUGGCUGAUGGUUUGGGAUGAUGUCGUUUGGGACGGGCACAACCUCCCCGAAGACAUUGCGAACGUGCAGGGACUGAUGCCCCGCGGCGGGAAAUCAAAUGGAACAAUCGACUCGAGAGAAUUUGCUCCACGAGAUUUGCUCCAUCUCGUGGAUCCGAUGUCGAAUGUCGGUUUCCACUACUUAUAUCCCUUGGCAGAAGGUCAUGCCCUGGACCUCUUUUUCGGGCUCUUGUCACCCCACGAAGAAUGGGUUCGAACGCCUACCAUGGAGGCGAGAGCAUUGAAGAUCAUUGAGUACUUGGGAUGUCGACCUUUGGCCCUCGUACAAACCACGAAGCUUAUUCUGCAUUUUGGUCUCAUUGACCUUUCUUCUUUCUUCCGAGAAUAUAAGAAGCAUUCGGCCAUUAUGAGGUCCGGCAUCUCCUUACUGCGAUCGAAUCAGAAGGACAACGAAAAACGCCUUCGCGACACGCUUGAUGAUGAUAUAGCAGAACUCCAGCGAGGGACCUGCCUUCAUACUUUCUUGCUUCUGGCCUUUUACACUAUGUUUGAUUGCUCGUCUCUCACUGAGAAGCUCAGCGAGGCCGCUGCUGCCUCCAAGGUCGGCCUUCAUUACUUGUUUCCAUGGGGCCGUCAUUUCACCAAGUCCACCGGAGAAUGGGAUUCGGAAGACUUCCGACGUGUGUUUGAUUAUCUGCAUUAG